AAACCAGAGUUCGGUCACUAUAAUGUCCGCUUAGAUGAGAGGAGGUCCUCUCCAUCCAGCGCCUGCAGCGUCGCAUCUGACUCUCUGAUGCAAGUAGAAAAUAGUUUCUGACAAACUUAGAACUUGUGUUAACAAGGUCAAGUGGGCUUCAGCCUCCUGUCUAGAUUUUUUCUUGGGAACUAAGAUUUAGAAUCAUGGAGCCGAAUAGCACUGCCGACGAGACUGAGGAAUUGCACCGUGGAAGCUACCUUCCUAAUGCGCAGGACAGUGAGGGCGAGCCUAAACGUGAGCUGGAGCUAGUGGAGAAUUUAGAGAUAGGAGAGGAAGAACUGCAACAUCAGCCAUUAGAGCAGGAAGACCUGAACUUUGAGAAAUGGAAGCCGAAACCCAAGCCCAAGAAGACCUUCAAGCAGAAGAUGCAGGAGCUGAACAAGUAUCUGUGGAACCCGGAGACACGGGAGUUCAUGGGGCGUUCUGGGAAGAGCUGGAGUCUCAUCCUCCUCUUCUACUCAGUGUUGUACUUCUUUCUGGCUGCCAUGUUUGGGGCCUGCAUGUGGGCUCUGAUGUGGUCCAUUAAUCCCUACGUCCCGACGUACAACGACAGCGUGAUCCCGCCAGGCAUGAUGAUGUCACCACGGGGCCCGAACGGAUUUGACAUUUCCUUCAAUGCCUCCGACCGCAGUUCCUGGAUUGAUUACGUGGAUGCGCUGGAGGACUACCUGAAACCGUACGAGGACUCCAUUCAGAUGGAGCGGAACAUUUAUUGUUUGAAAGAAGAGUACUACUUCCAGGAGGAAGAGAAGGAGAGCGCGGAGCGGAAGGCCUGCCAGUUCAGGAGGUCCUGGCUCAAGGAGUGCUCAGGGCACCCAGACAGCACUUUCGGCUACUCCGAGGGGAAACCCUGCAUCCUUCUCAAGAUGAACCGGAUUCUGGGAUAUUUACCCGGGCAGGGCACUGCGGUGAAAGUGACGUGUGCAGCAAAGAAAGGGGACCCGGGGAACUUAGGACCUAUCACUUUCUACCCCGAUGAUACAUUCAAACUGAUGUACUUCCCAUAUUAUGGAAAGCUGAGACAUGUGAACUACACCAACCCGCUGGUGGGCGUGCGCUUCUCCGGGCUGCAGCCGGACACGCAGUUCACGGUGCAGUGCAAGCUCCAUGGCAAGGGUAUAAUCAACGACUCCCCCACCGACCGCUUCCUGGGCAGUGUGACGUUCGGCCUGAUAGUGGGAGAGUAGGUGUGUAUGGGGAGUGGGGUGGGGGGCUGCGAUGGGUAACGGUGCUGACUCAGCAGCCAACAUGGGGGAGGGGGGACAGUCCGCACUACCUGCAGCCGUUACAAAGCUUACUGUUAGCGACGCUCCUUCCCCCUCCCUGUCUCACCUGCGCCACCUACAGGUCCACGUUUAUCUGCGCACCACACACUCAGUGUUACGCCUUAACGCAUUAAUAAACUGAAUAUUUCCUGUAGCAGCGAGAAAGGGUGUAGAAGUGAAUAAGGUGGUCACGCUUGGAUAACAAUCACCGGAAGAGGACGAGGAUUGCAUUCCGCGUGUCUGCCAACUCCGCAUUCACCGUCAACUAAUCAUAUACUACUAACAGCAACAAGAAAGCAAGGAAUUUAAUUUAUUCUCAUAGACAAGCUGAACUUCGGAGGAACAAAGAGGUGGAAGCCAAGCUUCAGAGUCACCAGUGUAUAUGGAGUUUUUAUUUUAUUGUAUUUUUGUUUUUGUUGCCAAAUUACUGUAACCCCACUAACAGGAGAGGUGAUUGUAGCUAAAGAUAAGGCCAGGAAGGGUUCCUUUGCGUCUUCAGUUUAAUAGACAACGUGUUAACGGUCUCUUCUAGUUUUUCGCAUUUUCUCUGUAUCAAAGCAGAAACCAACGAGAAAACAGAUAUCCUCCAACUCUUAGCCAAUACAUUUUUAGAUGGAUAAAAGUUAGCCUUGCACCAGCUGUGUAUGUACCGCUUAAAGGGUCAAACAGAUACUGCCAUUAUAUUUUGAUGUAUUUCGAUGUUAUGUUACUAAAACAAAAAGCAGGAUUCCACUCUUGAAUUUACUACUGUGGUAAAGUGCUUUCCAAGAGAUUCUAGUCGUAAUCAACAUAUUUACUAUAUUAUGUAAGAGGAAUAAAUGCAGUGCAAUUAAGACAAUUGUAAGCAAUCUAUUUACAAAAGUGUUUAUAUGGAUUUCAACUAAAAUAUAAAUAGCUUUGAGUUCAGAAUACAUUUCAUAGGCCAGAUUUAGUAUAUACACGCACGUUCAACAAUUCCCUAAAUACAAUCAGGUUUUACAUGCUACGCUGUUUGGUCAUUCCUGCCCAGAUAUUUACUCAGAAAUUUACCAGAAACCCUUUACAUAUUUAAUUAUGUUUCCAGAGCCUAAUUAUGCUGGUGUGGUGCUGGACAUUCACUGUGAAAAGUCUGUGUAGUAAAACUGUUCUGCACAUUUUCAGCCAAUAAGUACAUGUUUGGUAAUGUUCUGUGAAAAUUAACAUUUUUACACAUUUUCAUGAUAUUUCAAUAAACAUGUGGAAAUAAAUUAA